CGUGCAUUGUCGGCGAUCGUACACUAACGCUGCAACUCUUCAACCGCGUCGACGCCAGGGCGAGCCGCAUCGAAUGCCUCGUUCCACUCGCGAUGGCUUGCAAUGCCUCGGCAAACCCUUGCCACCCGUGAACCAAUCUACAAAAUAUUGCGUGGCCACCCCAUAAUGUACGGGCCAAGAAGCGAGCCUUCCGGUGGCCUUGCGAUUGGCUUGGGAAUAUAAACGGCCAUCUCCCCUUCGGACCAGCGCGCCCCUUGUCACGACGGCAAACGCUCAGCAAGAUUUCCGUGCAGUCUGUAUUGUCUUCCAUUCGCGCCAUCGUCCUUUCCAGUCCACUAUGACCGAGUACGACUAUUCUCCCGAAGCUUACAAGAGGCAGAAGGAAAAGAACGCCGACAUCAAGCGGUGGGCCGAAGGCAUUCGGCCUGACAUCUCGGCGUCCAAGGCCAGAUAUCCGCCAGAACACAUCGUCCCUCCUCCCACGGCUGUUCCGUCCUGCUUCUCUACAUCGCAGGCGUCUCAUCGAGCGGCGGACGACCUGGUUGAUGUCCACGGCCUAACCUCCGGUCUAUCACACAGGUCGCCUCGUGUAGCCCAUGGAAGUUUCGGACUUGAGGAUUCCGCCACGGCCCGCGUUCAGACUCCUCCCUUAAUCGGUGGUUUCUACCCAGAGUACGCGCAGUCACCUGUUUCCAGUAUCGCGUCGCCGGCUUCGUCACCUCCGAAGAGGAAACCUCGAUAUGACAAACAAACGGACAGCAAUCCACCACCAUUCCCUGUUCCGCAAAUCGACAUGGCGCUGGCUACACCACGGAAGACAUUACGGAACUCUAAAUCAACGCCUCGAUUACUUGCGGCGUCCCCUCAGCAUCACGCUGACCCAGCGCCGUUCGUCGGUACCUCGCUACCGGGUUCCCCGCCACCGUGCCGCUCAGCAAAUGUAUCCCCGAGUCGCGUUGCCCCGCCCGUGGUUCAUGGCACCCCCAUAAACGAGGUCAGGAGCGUCGUUGCUCCCGCCAAUUCGGUGGUCGUGCUCAACACGCCGGGAGUUCUGACAGUUCCCGAUGGGACGACAGUCUUCUAUUUGAACCAUCCGAACACGCCGCCUACACAUCUUCGCCAUCCUUCCCCGCACUCGCUGGCUCCGUCUCCGGUACAGUCCCCAGCCCCUUCCCAUGCAUCUUCGGCAAAUCUUUCCCCCCUGUCUCCUGCCGACAAGAGAGCCCUGAAGAAGAAACGGUCUUUCGUCGAUAAGAUCAGGGAUAAGAUGUCUUCGCUGUAAUGAAUCGUUGUGUACUCGAUCGGAGCUAAAGGGCAGUUGGCGGAGAUGGCGAAUACAUGGGCGAACUUACAGAUAUCAGCCUUGCUUUGGACUAGAUGGCAUUCUGUUGUUGCAUCCCUUCUUUCUCCCUUCCGCUCACCUUCUCUCCUUCCCUGAUGUGGUACUU